AUGCACGCGCAAGACAGCCAUGGAGACAGCGCUCUUACCGACCGGCCGGCCGCCAAGAGACGGUCGAGGCAUCCCGCUAAGUUCAUGUUCAUUGACUCGAGCAAUGGGGGUGUGAACGCAAAACCGGAUCGAGUCGUUAGAUCCUUUGUCAUGAAAUCGGUACGGAACAAGAAAACCUGGAGUACACGACCAAAGAGUCCCAGAGAGGAGGAGUACACAGAGACGCUGCCUUUGAGAUUCUCAGCCCAACAGACUAAUGUUCAGCCCCAACACACUUCCGCCAUGGCAGCGUGGGACCCACAGAACUGUCGUGAGGACUCUUUAUGGGAUAGCUCGCCUCUUGCGUCACCAGCUAGCAGUGGCUGCAUGUGCGAUAGUCCAUCAUCGGGUUACGCAAGCCCUUUCCGUGAACGCUACUUUUCGGAAUGUCCGUACAACUUCCAGGUAGAUGGACAGACAAAGUUGGCAAUCCGCGAUGGAUUCGAUGUUGGCUUUACGAGGUCCUUCGAUUGCUUAUCUGUUUCUCUGGACUCACACACGCAACGGCUUCUUCAUCAGUUUGUUGAAGGGUCAGCUCCAAGGCUCGUACCAGUGGAUCUCUACAGGUCCUCUUCUUUAGCCGCCACAGACUGGAUCGCUAGAUGUGUUCAAAGUCCGAAUGGUGCGCCCUAUAUAUAUGCAGCCCUUACGGCAUCUGCACGGGCGGUUGGACUUAGCUCCGAAGCCUACAAGUGGCGAGCCAUUACCGAAGUGAACAAGUUAUUGUCAAACCCAAAAACCAGUACUGAUGACACAACUAUCGCUGCUGUCCUGAUGUUGCUGGCUUUGGAAGAGUCUGGUCUUGCAGACCCAAGACGAUGGGGCAGUGACAGAGAGUGGAGUGCGUCUAUAAACGAUGCUCAUCUAAACGGACUAAGGACGAUGAUAGGUCAAAGAGGUGGUCUUGCGGCACUAGGUGCUAACCGUUGCUUGCAGGUCUUCAUUCUAAUGCAUAGUGUUGCUCAGUCUAUCACCACUUUUAAGCGCCCUUACGCCUUACUACUCAAUCCUAUGGGUCGGAUUGAGAACUAUGUCUUGGUUUCUCAACACUCACAGUCCUGGGCCUCUUUAUCGACAUCCAUCGAAAACCUAAACUUAGAUGAUGCACUUUUUGAUGUAAUUCAUAGCGUCCAUCUCUUCACUUCAGACCUCACCAGCUGGUACAACACCGGACACGCCAUCCAUCCACUGGAUCCCUUUGAACUACAAAAGCACGCCUGUCUACUGAUGUACCGACUCUUCGACUGGUAUCAGCUCGGCGAAGAGUCCAAAAUAGCUGGUCGGCCGGGCAGGAAACCAUUCGACCAGAGUAUCUGCCUUGCACAUCUAAUCUACCUGAGCGUUGCGGUCGAGCCGCAUACUCAUUCCUUCGGAUCUCGUCUCUCGAUGACCGUCGUAAAGCUCCGACAAGCUCUGCAGCGCGUCUCAAUAUUGCACUGGGUAAACUUACCGGAACUGUUCUUCUGGACACUCACUAUGGGCGCGUUGGGUGCGAAGGGCCUACCCCAAUCACAGCAGAGUUGCGCGUCAGAGUUUGCUUUCUUUGUGCAGUACUCUCAGCUCUCUUCCGUGUCGAGAGGACACAAUGCGUUUGUAUCUGCCGACGAUCUACUCCAACGAAUGCAACAUUGUCCAUGGAUCUCUUCGGUGUUUGAUGCCCACGCAAGGCGGCUGUGGGUGCAGAUGGGGCUUUGCAGGACAGAUAUUACAAACUUGUUCGAUUCAAGCAGCGAAGAAGAAGAGGCGAUGGUGGGCGAUGAGCACGCCGUGGGUCAAUCGACUACAGCAAGGUUCUUUCCUGCGUUAAAGUCUACGUCAAAGAAGUCGAGCCCAAAGUAG